AUGCUGUUUCUGCUGCUUGCAUUCCUGGUUGCUCUCCUCCCAGGUGGGGACAACACAGUUGAGUUCAAGAAGCCUAUCUCUUUUCAUGUCAUCCAGAUAUCAUCAUUUUACAACCGUUCCUGGGCACAGCACUUGUUCUCAGGUUGGCUGGGUGAGCUGCAGAUUCAUCGCUGGGAUACAGAGUCUGGCAGCUUUGUUUUCCUGAGGUCUUGGUCCAAGGGCAACUUCAGCAGCAAGGAGUGGAUGGACUUGGGAGAGUUUCUUCAUACACAUUUCGUUAGUUUUAAUCAGGAAACUUGGAAGUAUGCCCAUCAAUUGCAGGUGGAAUAUCCUUUUGUGUUGCAGGUGGCAGCAGGCUGUGAGCUGCACUCUGGGGAGGCCUCAGUAGGCUUUGUACAGGAAGCUUAUCAAGGCACAGAUCUUCUGAGGUUUCACAAUAAUUCGUGGUUGCCGUCACCAGAGGGUGGAAGUAGGGCCCAGAACGUCUGCAGACUACUCAACAAGUAUGAAGGCCUCAAGGAAAGAGUGCAUUGGCUCCUCAGUGACACCUGCCCACGUUUUGUCUUGGGACUUCUUGAUGCAGGCAAGGCUGAUUUGCAGCGACAAGUGAGGCCUGAGGCCUGGCUGUCCAGUGGCCCCAGCCCUGGGCCUGGCCGUCUGCUGCUGGUGUGCCGUGUCUCUGGCUUCUACCCAAAGCCUGUGCAGGUGGUGUGGAUGCGGGGAGAUCAGGAGCAGCCAGGCACUGAGCGAAGCGACAUUCUGCCCAAUGCUGAUGGGACGUGGUAUCUCCGAGUUACCCUGGGUGUGAUAGCUGGAGACACGGAUGGCCUGUUUUGUCAAGUAAAGCACAGCAGUCUAGGAAACCAGGACAUCGUCCUCUACUGGGAACAUCACACCUCUGUCGGCUUCAUCCUCCUGACAGUAAUAGUGCUCCUUGUUCUUCUGGCAGGCCUUGCAAUUUGGUUUGGGAAGCGAUGGACACAUAACCGCUCUCCUUGCACUGUUUCCUCUUUGAGAACCUAG